AGCUCCCGCACCCCGCGCGUAGCAGCUGCUCUGAAAAAUAUCUGAGGUCACUCCCGGGGAUCUGUUUCACAAGUAGGCGGUCCAACGGAAAGGAUGGGAGUCAUGCUUGCCCUGGCUCUGGCUUUGCUUGGAGGGAUUAGUCAAAUAACCUAUGGAGCCAACCUGUACCCGUUCGGAACAGCAGAAGGAGACGAACUCAUCCCAAAACGAAAAGACUACGGCAUCGAAAUCGCGAGCCGUGACGACUUCGAAUUCCCUUUCCUUGGACGAAAUACGGGACAUCUAUACAUUGCUAACAAUGGUUACAUAGCUUUUACGAAGACGGGCCAUGCCUUUAAGUCAACCAAAAGUUGGACCAACCCGAAUCCGAAAUGGCCGGUGGAGUCAGAUCCUUGUUUCUUGGCUCCUUUCUAUGCUGAGAACCAUUUGACGUCCACGGAUGCCACAGAGCCAGGCAGUGUAUUUUAUAGAGUAUUGAAGACUAUGAAACCCAAGCAACAAAAUCUCCUUCGGAAUAUAACGCGGGAAGUAAAAGAGAAUAUGGUUACAGCACGAAACUUCGUUGCUACGCAGGGACUCGUGGUGACAUGGUUUAAUUUGACCUUCAGUGGUCAUUUCUGUCCGUCACAAGCAGGCUGUCCUCCGCGAAAUACGUUCCAAGCCAUUCUGCUGUCCGACUCCAAGGAAAGCUAUGUAAUCUUCAAGUACGCCCAGCUAACCUGGCUUGGUGGACCAUCGUAUGGUGGAGACACAGCCACUGGACUCAAUGCACAUUUUUUCCCACAAGCUGGAUUCAACACUGGUGAUGGCUUGGGCUGGUAUCCUCUUCCGAAGUCUGGCACCAAGGACAUCUUAGACUUAGUCAACAUGGUGACCUCAUCUGAAGAAAGUGGCUCCUUUUACUACAAGGUUUCCAGUGAUGAAGUUGUUCCAGGUGGUUGUCUUGAAAAGUCAGAAAAGACCGGAUUGGUUGCAUUCCCAGAACAUGGAUCCAUGCUUGGAGGACAACUGGUCGAGUUGUCUGGACCCUGUUUCAAGCCAAGCGCGACAGUCCUGUGUAAAUUUGAUGACCGAGUUGUCAAGGGGGAAUAUGUUAGCAAAGUCAAGGUCAGAUGCGUGCAGCCAAUGUUCAUGAAGAUUGGUGUCGUUUCGUUGGCGCUAUCUACAGAUGGUGGGAAGGAAUUUCAAUACACCAUGUCUUAUACUCUGGUCCCAAUCGGUCAACCGCAAUCAGCCAUAACCAUUGGCCGAGGUUUUGACAUGAUGGCUUUGGACUGGGGCCAGAUAACCCUCACAUGGCCGACGUGGGAAGCCACCGUGGACUCGAAGAACGUGGUUGACGUGAAGUUGUUUGGAUAUUCGCAGGCAUCAGCUACACCGCUGCAUGAGCUACAAGUUAUAGCAACGAGGAUUAACAACACGGGCCAGUACACAUUCAAGCUUUCGAAACAUCGAUGUCACACAUAUGACUGUGAUCUUUAUGAGUUGGGGAUAUUCCAAGUGAGCACUAGUGGCAUCAGUGAAUUAUCUAAGCCAAAGCUCUGGUCAAAUGUGAUUCCCCUGAGUUGGAAUGUGGGUGCAGCCUUAGAAAAAUGCAAGACAUGGCACGACAAGGAUAGGACAUCAAUGGAAUGGUUAGACGAACUAGACAGUUGCCCUUGUAAUGUGAAACAAGUGGAGGCCGAUUUUGGGAGAUGGAGAGUUGGACGUGGUUGCAACAUGUACCUAGGAACACCCUGUCGAUUUCACGUUGGAGCAGUGCACUGUGUUAAUUCAGUGUUUCCUAAAAGAGACGGUGCUGGUAACCAAUGUUGUUAUGGAAAAGAUGGUCUUCUGAUGUACGCAGCUGACAGCAAUUAUGGCAGCACACCCGACAGAGCAUUUGGCUUGGGUGCCAAGCCCUAUGGUCGUCAUCCAUUCAUCCCUAUCAUAUCUCACUGGGUUCUUGAUGUCAUUCCAUUCAUCCACUGUUGCCUGUGGAGCAAGGGGUCUUGCAGCUUGUAUAUGGAUCAGCGACCUACUAGAGACUGUAAAGGAUAUGUACCCCCAAGACAAGGAAUGAUGUAUGGUGACCCCCAUCUGAUGAGAUUUGAUGGCAGUCAGUAUUCAAUCAAUGGAAUAGGGCACUACUGGUUGGUGAAGACAAGUGGAGGGAAUUACAAUGACCUUCAGAUUCAGGUCCGACUAGAACGGGCCAUUGUUGAAGGGAAACGAGUAAAUGUAACCAAGGCAACAGCCAUUGCUUUGAGGGAUGGUUCAUCAUCUGUAGUGGAGGUGAGACUGAGAGCAGAAGGCAGGAACUACAUAAGGAAGCUGGAUAUCAUCGUUGAUGGAGCAAAGCAGUAUUUUGAUUUUCAAUUUAAAGAUUUUCAGAAUGUCACAAUCUUUACUGGGAAUGAGUACAUCAAUAUCACACAUGGAAACAUUACGGUCAUGUUUGAAUCUGGAGUUGGUGUCCAGGUGGCCGCACAUGAUAGUCUGCUCCAUGCAGUGGUUUCACUCCCUCCAAGCUAUAAGGGAAAGGUAGAUGGGCUCCUCGGAACCUGGGAUGAUGACAUUGACUACAUCCUUGCUAUAGAAGGAAGCUUUGACGAUUUGAAUGAAACUAAUGCUGCUCCCUAUCAGCUGAAUGGAUUGUCAUGGAAAGUCAACAAAGACCAAUCUUUGUUUGCCAUAAGCCCAGGAAAAACAUUUGAAUCUUACCAAGAUGAUUCCUUCCUACCUGAAACAGGAGAGCCACCACUCCCCCUGGGGGUAACGGCUGAAGACAUUGAUGCCUUGUGUCUGAACAACACGUCAUGUAUCUAUGACUACAAGCAAACCCGCAGUAGAAACAUUGCAGCCAAUACGAAGCAGGCUUCAGACUGGUUUAUGAGUUUGAGGAAAUUUACCACACAAAUUCAAACCUGCGGACUACUUAAAGUCAAGAAUGGCUUGAAGGACAACUAUAACUAUAGUAUUGGGAACAAAGUUAAAAUCACGGGAUGUCGAGAUGGGCAUCGCUUUGAGGGUGAGCGGGAUUACGAAUGUGUAAAAGUGAGAGAUGUCCUACAGUGGAUUCCACAGAAAACAGCCCGAUGCAUAUCAAUGAGCAGCACAGGUGCCAAGCUAGUUCCCGAACAGAAUUUGUUUCUCCUGUCCAUGGCUGUCGCUGCAUGUACUGCCGCCAUACACAGAAGAUAGACUCGAUGACGCAAUAACUUAAAAUAUAAUGUUAGAACAAAACUGGAGAAGUAUAUCAUGGUGCUAAAGUAAAUAUUUGUACAUCUAUCAAAAGUUGUGAAGGAAAUACAGUAAUUUUAGCUAAAUGACGUAUUUCAUACAAGAAAUCUUCUCAGGUUUUCAGCUCCAAAAAGCUGUGAAGGGUUGUUAAAUUUGCUUUACUGGAAAAAUGUACACCAAUAAGAGCUUUAUAUCUGUAUCCCUUGUGAAUAUGUCUUUAUGCUGAAACAUCACAACUUCUGUGUAAUUUGACGACAAUGUUCUAGAAAUCACUUGGUUAUUUUUAUUAUAAUUUUAGUAACGAUAUAUUUGUAUAUUGACAUGAUAAAGUUUGUACAUUGACAUAAUAAAGUUCC